CCGGCCCCUCUGUCCUCCCCGCAGCAAGGAGAGCUCAACUCCUUUCUCUGGACCAUUCGCCGUGACCCCCCCGCUUAUCUCUUCGGCACCAUCCACGUGCCCUACACGCGAGUUUGGGACUUCAUCCCCGACAACUCCAAGGCCGCCUUCCACGCCAGCUCCAGCGUCUACUUCGAGCUGGACCUCACGGACCCGUACACCAUCUCGGGGCUGGCCAGCUGCCAGAUGCUGCCCCACGGCGAGAACCUGCAGGACGUGCUGCCCCGGGAGCUGUACCGCCGCCUCAAGCGCCACCUGGACUACAUCAAGCUGAUGCUGCCCCACUGGAUGACCCCGGACCAGCGGGGCAAAGGGCUCUACGCCGACUACCUCUUCAACGCCAUCGCCGGCAACUGGGAGCGCAAGAGGCCCGUGUGGGUGAUGCUGAUGGUGAACUCCUUGACGGAGACGGACAUCCGCUCCCGAGGGGUGCCCGUGCUCGAUCUCUACCUCGCCCAGGAGGCCGAGAGGAUGAAGAAGAAGACGGGUGCGGUGGAGCGGGUGGAGGAGCAGUGUCACCCGCUGAACGGGCUCAACUUCUCCCAGGUGCUGUUUGCCCUAAACCAAACUCUGCUCCAGCACGAAAGCCUCCGGGCAGGGAGCCUGCAGGCCCCUUACACCACUGAGGAUCUCAUCAAGCACUACAACUGUGGAGACCUGAAUGCUGUGAUAUUCAACCAUGACACUUCUCAGGUCCCAAAUUUCAUCAACACAACACUCCCACCCCAUGAGCAGGUGACAGCUCAGGAAAUAGACAGCUACUUCAGACAGGAGCUCAUCUACAAGAGGAAUGAGAGGAUGGGAAGAAGAGUGAUGUCACUUUUAAGGGAGAACAGAGACAAGAGCUUCUUCUUUGCCUUUGGAGCAGGUCACUUCCUGGGUAACAACACUGUGAUUGAUGUACUGAGACAAGCAGGAUUUGAAGUGGAGCACACCCCUCCUGGACAACCAAUUGGAAACUCAAGGACGACAAAGACAAGCCCAGCCUUGGAGGGACCCUCGGUGACAGCCCUGCCCCCUGUCCAGCUUUCUGAGCAGGUGCCACUGGCGUCUCCUUCCCUGAAGCCGCAGCAGAUGGAGGAAGAGGACAGCCUGUCACCUCACCUCCUGUUGCCUGACAGCAUCAGCCAGCUGGAGGAGUUUGGCAGGCAGAAGAAAUGGCACAAGAAGCAGCACAAGCACCAUCGCCAGAGGCAGUUCAAUGACCUCUGGGUUCGGAUAGAGGACAGCACCACCACGUUGCCUUCCUAUAUCAGGAUAACCAAUGGGUACCUCACAGUCAAACCUCCCAUCUGGAUUUCCAACCAGCUGGAUCAGAGGCCACGUCCCGAGCGCCCAGCCCAGCCCCAGCCCACGAGCUCAGCCCCAGCCAGCCUUCCGUGGCCAUCAGUAACAUUUCCUCUCUGCAUGGCCGUAGCUUCUUUCCUCCUGAACCUGCUGCAGCCCUCCUGACCACGUUAGUACCACAUGCAGCCCCUUGGAAUAGAGGAGAGAGAUAAUUUAUGAACGAAUUGGAGUUUAAGACAACAACAGUUACAAGCUGGACCUUCUCAGUGACUCCGUAGUGCCUUCUAGCUGAAUUUGUCUCUUUGCCCAGAUACAUUUUGAAACUCUAAAGCUUUAUUGUAACACUGACUUACAUCUUCUUUUUGUAGAAGGAUCUUUAUUUCCCAUAGUGCUAUGGGGUUUUGUAAAAUAGACAUGUUCAUAUAAAGAAAAAAAAAGAAAAAGAAAAAAUGUAUUUAUUCGACCGGUAAACUUAUUUUUCUUGUUGUAUAUGUUAAUAACAUCCCUAUUAAUCAGUAGCGAUGGUGAAACAGAUAAAUUAAUAUUUUCUAUAUUUGUUUUCUGACAACUCUGCAAUAGUCUGAACUGACACCAAUGAAUGCUUUCUUUGUUUCUUUAACCAUAACAUUUUACAGCAACUGUCCAAUAAGUACAUUUCUGCUGAAAUUCUUUAUUUUACUUCCUUUAUCUCAUUAGCAUAGCUUACACUGAAUAAAGCAGAUCCUGCUCUCUGGGGCAUGUGCCCAUUAGAAGAAUAAAUGCAUUCUUAACUCUUUAGCUGCCACAAUCUAAAAUGCCAGUUAUUUUUACAUGACUUAGUAAGUCAUUAGUCAGGAUAAUCCUCUACAUUCCCCCUGUUUUAUUUAACUAAACUAUUUAACUUCUUUGGAAAUUACCAGUUUCCCUCUUUGCCCUGGGAUUGAUUCACCAGCUAACAUAAAUUAGGACACCUUUUUCUUAAUAAAAAAUUGCUUUUAAAGUCUGGAAUAAUCCUACUUGGAAUUAUUUUCUUCUGUCUCUCAUUUUAUAUAAGCAUAAGCCUACAACCUCUUUGAGCAUAAAUGAGAAGAGAAAUUGGUCUGUCUCUAGAUUAUAAACAUGUAGUGUCCUGUUAAUUUAUAGAACCUCUUUGUACCAGUUGUAUUAAUUCCCAUGGACAACCUGGAGGCAAAAAACAUCUACAAAUUCCUCUUUCUCUUGCUACAUUAAGCUGAUAGAGCUGAUAUCUCUGUGCUGAAAUAAUUGUCUUGUCCAAAGUCUGCUCAACACCACAGGAAUAAAACUAACCUCCAUGUUGUGGAGACAUGCAGAACAUUUUUCCAUUUUUAGACUAUGGUACCUAACUUAGAUGAAAAGUCAUGACACCUUACCCUCACUGACAAAUGUGCUCCCUAUCCAAACAGCUGGUUUUGAGCAAUGAGAUUUACAACAUCUAUGGGGAAAAAA